CGUCGCCAAAAAAUUCCUUUGCCGUUCCAUCGAGUGGUGGCAGCGUUCCUCCCUGUGUCCGUCGUUUGUAGAUGGUUCUAGGUCUCUCCUCGUACCAGCGUCUCCAAAUCUCACGCUCUCUCCUCCUCCCCAUCUCCAAUCUCGCACUCUCCUCUCCCAAAAAACCUCAUCUUCCCCGCUCGUCUGCAUUCUCGGCCAUCGGCGGCGCUCCAGAGUUCCAGGCCAGGAGAAGCUAGAGUUACAAAUCGUAGUCCGUGAGAACCAGUUGAAUUUCAUCAAUCUUAUCAGGUCAUCUCAAGUUCAGUGACUCUCAACCAGCCUACAACGACGGAAAGGAAGUUGGCACCUUCAAGGGUCCUCAAACAUUGCUGCACCGGACGUUGUGUCGUGUAUCAUUGAAUGAAGCACACCUAGGUUAGCAAAGGCAUGCCAGAUUCUACAUGUUCCAAGAAUGACAACAUUUAGUCCAUCCUGAAAUACAUCAAGGUUUAUGCAUCUGGGGCUCAAGUUGGAUCAUCGAUAGCGGGUGCACAAACCACAUGACAGGGGAGAAGAAGAUGUUCUCCUCCUAUGAGAAAAACCAUGAUCCCCAAAGAGCUAUCACAUUCGGGGAUGGAAAUCAAGGUUUGGUCAAAGGAUUAGGUAAAAUUGCUAUAUCACCUGACCAUUCUAUUUCCAAUGUUUUUCUUGUAGAUUCUUUAGAUUACAAUUUGCUUUCUGUUUCUCAAUUAUGCAAAAUGGGCUACAACUGUCUUUUUACAGAUUUAGGUGUUACUGUCUUUAGAAGAAGUGAUGAUUCAGUAGCAUUUAAGGGAGUGUUAGAGGGUCAGCUAUACUUGGUAGAUUUUGAUAGAGCUGAACUCGACACUUGCUUAAUUGCUAAGACUAACAUGGGUUGGCUCUGGCAUCGCCGACUAGCCCAUGUUGGGAUGAAGAAUCUUCAUAAGCUUCUAAAGGGAGAGCACAUUUUGGGACUAACCAAUGUUCAUUUUGAGAAAGACAGGGUUUGUAGCGCAUGUCAAGCAGGAAAGCAAGUUGGUGUUCAUCAUCCACACAAGAACAUCAUGAUGAUCGAUAGGCCGCUUGAACUACUCCACAUGGACUUAUUCGACCCGAUUGCUUACAUAAGCAUCAGCGGGAGUAAGUAUUGUCUCGUAAUUGUGGAUGAUUAUUCUCGCUUCACUUGGGUGUUCUUUUUGCAGGAAUAAUCUCAAACCCAAGAGACUUUAAAGGGAUUCUUGAAAUGGGCUCAAAAUGAAUUCGGUUUGAGGAUCAAGAAAAUAAGAAGCGACAAUGGGACGGAGUUCAAGAACUCUCAAAUAGAAGGCUUCCUUGAGGAGGAGGGCAUCAAGCAUUAGUUCUCUUCUACCUACACGCCACAACAAAAUGGUGUAGUGGAGAGGAAGAAUAGAACUCUAUUGGACAUGGCAAGGACCAUGCUUGAUGAGUACAAGACUUUGGAUCGGUUUUGGGCUGAGGCGGUUAACACCGCUUGCUACGCCAUCAACCGGUUAUAUCUACACCGAAUCCUCAAGAAGACAUCGUAUGAACUCACCGGUAAAAAGAUAAAUGUUUCAUAUUUUAGAGUCUUUGGUAGCAAAUGUUUUAUUCUUGUUAAAAGAGGUAGAAAAUCUAAAUUUGCUCCUAAGGAUGUAGAAGACUUUUUACUAGGAUAUGAUUCAAACACGAGGGCAUAUAGAGUCUUUAACAAGUCCACGGGACUAGUUGAAGUUUCUUGUGACAUUGUGUUUGAUGAGACUAACGGCUCUCAAGUAGAGCAAGUUGAUCUUGAUGUGCUAGAUGAUGAAGAGGCUCCGUGCGACGCGCUGAGGAACAUGUCCAUUGGGGAUGUGUGUCCUAAGGAAUCCGAAGAGCCUCCACAAGCACAAGAUCAACCAUCUUCCUCAAUGCAAGCAUCUCCACCAACUCAAGAUGAGGAUCAAGCUCAAGAUGAUGAUGAAGAUCAAGAGGAGCCACCUCAAGAGGACAAUGAUCAAGGGGGAGAUGCUAAUGAUCAAGAUAAGGAAUAUGAUGAGGACCCAAGACCGCCACACCCAAGAGUCCACCAAGCAAUCCAACGAGAUCACCCCGUGAACACCAUCCUCGGCGAUAUUCAAAAGGGGGUAACCACUCGAUCUCGUGUUGCUCAUUUUUGUGAACAUUACUCUUUUGUUUCCUCUAUUGAGCCACACAUAGUAGAGGAAGCACUUCAAGAUUCGGAUUAGGUGCUAGCGAUGCAAGAGGAGCUCAACAACUUCACAUGGAAUGAGGUAUGGCAUUUAGUUCCACGUCCUAACCAAAAUAUUGUAGGAACCAAGUGGGUCUUCCGCAACAAGCAAGAUGAGCAUGGUGUGGUGACAAGGAACAAAGCCCGACUUGUGGCCAAGGGAUAUUCACAAGUCAAAGGUUUGGAUUUCGGUGAAACCUAUGCACCCGUAGCUAGGCUUGAGUCAAUUCGCAUUUUACUUUCCUAUGCUACUUACCAUGGCUUUAACCUUUACCAAAUGGACGUGAAAAGUGCCUUCCUCAAUGGACCAAUCAAGGAAGAGGUCUAUGUUGAGCAACCUCCCGGCUUUGAAGAUAGUGAAUACCCUAACCAUGUCUAUAAACUCUCUAAGGCGCUUUAUGGGCUCAAGCAAGCCCCAAGAGCAUGGUAUGAAUGCCUUAGAGAUUUCCUUAUCGCUAAUGGCUUCAAAGUCGGAAAAGCUGAUCCUACUCUCUUUACUAAAACACUUGCAAAUGAUUUGUUUGUAUGCCAAAUUUAUGUUGAUGAUAUCAUAUUUGGGUCUACUAACGAAUCUACAUGUGAAGAGUUUAGUAGGAUCAUGACUCAAAAAUUCGAGAUGUCUAUGAUGGGGGAGUUGAAGUAUUUCUUAGGAUUUCAAGUGAAGCAACUCCAAGAGGGCACCUUCAUUAGCCAAACGAAGUACAUUCAAGACAUACUCACCAAGUUUGGGAUGAAGGAUGCCAAGCCCAUCAAGACACCCAUGGGAACUAAUGGGCAUCUCGACCUCGACACGGGAGGUAAAUCCGUAGAUCAAAAGGUAUACCGGUCGAUGAUAGGUUCUUUACUCUAUUUAUGUGCUUCACGACCGGAUAUUAUGCUUUCCGUAUGCAUGUGUGCAAGAUUCCAAGCCGAUCCUAAGGAAGUUCAUCUUAGGGCCGUGAAAUGAAUCUUGAGAUAUUUAGUUUAUACUCCUAAGUUUGGCCUUUGGUACCCCAGGGGAUCCACAUUUGAUUUAAUUGGUUAUUCCGAUGCUGAUUGGGCAAGGUGUAAAAUUAAUAGAAAGACCACAUCAGGGACUUGCCAGUUCUUGGAAAGAUCUCUGGUGUCUUGGGCUUCAAAGAAGCAAAAUUCUGUGGCUCUUUCUACUGCAGAAGCCGAGUAUAUUGCCGCAGGUCAUUGUUGCGCGCAAUUGCUUUGGAUGAGGCAAACCCUUAUGGACUACGGUUACAAAUUAACCAAAGUUCCUCUUCUAUGUGAUAAUGAGAGUGCAAUCCGCAUGGUAGAUAAUCCCGUUGAGCAUAGCCGCACUAAACACAUAGCCAUUCGGUAUCAUUUCUUAAGGGAUCACCAACAAAGGGGAUAUCGAGAUUGCAUAUGUUAACACCAAAGAACAAUUAGCCGAUAUCUUUACCAAGCCAUUAGAUGAGCAAACUUUUACCAAACUUAGGCAUGAGCUAAAUAUUCUUGAUUCUAGGAAUUUUGAUUGAUGUUUUGCACACAUAGCUCAUUUAUAUACCUUUGAUCAUAUCUCUUUCUUUGCUAUGACUAAUGUGGCUUUCAAGUGUAUUUCAAGCUCAGUCAUAGAUUGAAAGGGGAAAUGGAGUCUUCGGCGAAGACAAGGCUUCCACUCCACUCCAUCGAAUUAUUCAUCCUUCGCCGUCGCUCCGCACCGCUCUCCAACUUUGAGACCUUCCUUCCUGAUAUAGGAAGGCAGGGUUCAUGAGCGGCGGCACGCCUGCAGCAAGCAGUAGCCUGCGGGCAGCACUCUCAUACUGCGUGAGGCAAGUCCGCGCCUAUGACUACCACCACUACCUCUGCCUUCUCCACCUGGCCCCGGCCGUGCGCAAGGCCGCGUUCACCUUCCGCGCCUUCAACAUCCAGACAGCAAGGGCCAUGGAUGUGGUGUCCGACCCCCGGACCGGCCUCAUGCGCCUCCUCUGGUGGAAGGAGGCGGUCGACAAGGUCUUUGGCAACAAGCUGGUCGAGCACCUAGUUGCCCACGCGCUCUCUUCGGUCAUCGCAGACCAUAAGGUUAGCAAGCACUGGCUGAAGCGGUCCGUGGAGGCGAGGAUCAACGACACCAACCGUGAGGAAGGCACCAUUCCUGGGACGAGCGCGGAGUUGGAGAGGUAUGCAGAGGACACCCAGUCCACCAUCCUUUACAUGACCCUGCAGGCUGGCGGAAUACAGUCUACCGUGGCUGACCACGCCGCCUCUCACAUCGGCAAGGCCAGCGGGCUUCUGUUACUGCUCAAGGCGCUGCCGCACCAUGUAAAUAAGCAAGGGACGGUACAUUAUAUCCCAGCUAGUGUGGCCGAGGAAUGCGGCCUGCUCAUCACACGGGAGGGUGGCAGGUCGGAGGUCAGGGCGGGCGUGAGGCUGCCAGACGUAGUUUUCAAGGUCACAUCUGUUGCAGAGGCUCACCUGCACAAGGCGCGGGAGUUGGCAUCGUCCGUGCCCAAAGAGGCGAUCCCUGUGCUCCUCCCAGCCUUGCCGGCCUAGGUCCUCCUAGAUACCCUGCGAAGGUGUGAGUUCAACGUGUUUGAUCCUCGGCUGUCGAGGGGAGUCCACGAGGUCUCUCCUCUGUGGUAACAGCUGAAGCUUAACUGGAACGCGUGGCGAAGCAGGUACUAAUGAGGAGGAGGAACUUUUUGCCCUCAACCAUGGGAGCUGCUGUUGUUCCUUGUAGCAAAAAGCUUUUUAUUGGGGGGUUUUUGACAUAGCAGAGAUUGAAUAAGAUGAGUAGGGUCUGCUACUUGCAGCAGAUUUGAAGCUGUUGAAUAUGUGUCGUGCUUUCUGUUGUGUUUGUGGGUUGGGCUCAUUUACAUUGCACAAUUGCAACACUGACAAUGCCUAUUUUAUUUUUGUUUUGGAACAUACAAUGCCUGUUUGUAUUCAUACAGCAGAAAGCAGACACUAUUUUUUUGAUAAACUCAAUUAGUUACUCUAUAGUUUAUAAAAUUCCUGUUUUCGGUUCA